AUGGAGAAGAGCGGCAUCAAAUCGCAACCACCGUUACCUCGAGAUGACUCCGAGCAAGUCAUACAGGCAGAAGAGCAGAAGCAGAAGGUGAAUGAGUAUCCCGACGGCGGGCCAACAGCCUGGCUCGCCGUCGCUGGUGCGACUGCUUGCCUGGUCGUGUCGUUUGGAUGGGUCAACGUGAUAGGACUCUUCCAAGAGUAUUACCAGUCCAACCAGCUCCGCGAUUACACACCGUCUGAUAUCGCUUGGAUACCCUCGCUACAGAUCUUCUUCAUGUUUGCGGGCGGCAUCUUCGCCGGCAAGGUUUUCGACGACUUCGGUCCACGAUAUCUGCUAGUCACUGGGACAUUCUUGCAUGUGUUUGGCCUGAUGAUGACCAGCAUCUCCAAGACUUACUAUCAGAUCCUCCUCAGCCAAGCAGUUUGUUCCGCCGUCGGCGCAUCGCUCGUUUUCAGUCCUGCAUUCUCAAGCGUAUCGACAUGGUUUCUCAAGAAGCGCGGGGCAGCGCUCGGCAUUGUGGCCGCCGGCUCAUCUCUCGGCGGCCUCGUUUUCCCUAUCAUCAUCAUCAACCUACUCCCUCGAGUUGGCUUCGGAUGGACCAUUCGCUGCUGCGCUUUCCUUAUCCUGGCACUGUUGGUGUUUGCAAACUUCACUCUCACAAGUCGCAUCAAGCCUCAAAAACGUCCGCUGGAGUUCUUGGCGUUCGUCCGGCCCCUGCGGGAGCCGGCCUUUGCCUUGUGGACUGCUGCGGUGUUUUUCUUCUACUGGGGCAUGUUCAUUCCCUUCACGUUUAUUGUCGCCGACGCGACCGUCCACGGCAUGUCGCCUCACCUGGCGCAAUAUGUUGUCUGCAUCCUCAACGCGACCAGCCUUUUUGGUCGCACCGUGCCCAAUGUCAUUGCUGAUAAGGUCGGGCACUUCAACGUAAUGAUCGUCAUGGGCGCCUUGACGUCGAUUUUGAUCCUCGGCUUGUGGCUCCCUUCGACCGGCAAUGUACCGAUCAUUCUGUUCGCGUCACUCUUUGGCAUUUCCUCGGGCGCUGGCAUCAGUCUCACGCCGGCCCUCUGCGCCAGGCUCUCACCCAUUCAAGAUAUCGGUGUGCGGACUGGUACGGUCUUCACAAUCUCGGCAUUCGCUGGCCUGACCGGGUCCCCCAUUGGUGGUGCUAUCAUUUCGAAGAACGGAGGAUCAUUCACCAAUGCUAUUGCCUUUGGGGGCACAGCUUGCGCAAUUGGGACCAUGCUCUUUGUGGCGACCCGGAUCGCUUUUGUUGGAUGGAAGCCGGCAAAAGUGUGA